AUGCCAAUGCCGCCAAAAAAAAAUCCCCUAAACUCGCUCAGCCGAUCCCCUUUUUUUUGCAGCCCCAUCGCGCACCAUCCCUGUCUCGAGUUUGACGGGGCUAUGGUUCAGGAAAGCCAAGACUCCAGCGAAACCGUUUCAACCGCACAACCACCCCGAUGCACAGGAGCCAGGAACCUUGGUGGAAAAGUGGCCGUGAACCCCAGCCUUCCCUGGCGCAAGCACUCACCAGAAACAACGCCGAACACCAAAUUUUACAGACCAAUCAGAUCGCGCGCCACUCGCAGCCUCGACCACUAUAAAAGCUGCUCUUUUUCCUCCCCAAAAUUUUCCGCAAAAGUGCAUUUUCCGCUGGUCUCUUUAUGCCAUGCCCGGCGCAAAUUCCAGAGGCCGUUUUUCAGUGCGCACUUAUUAAUAGUGCUGCUGCAGGCUUCCCUCGCUGUCACCCUGCGCACCGUCACUACAAAGGGGGCUGUAACAUACAUUUCCCCCAUGUGA